CUCUGGUCAUCUCCUGUACUGUGUCCGCAGUCUCUGGUCAUCCCCUGCACUGUGUCCGCAGUCUCUGGUCAUCCGCUGUACUAUGUCCGCAGUCUCUGGUCCAUCUCCUGUACUAUGUCCGCAGUCUCUGGUCAUCCCCUGCACUGUGUCCGCAGUCUCUGGUCAUCCCCUGCACUGUGUCCGCAGUCUCUGGUCAUCUCCUGCACUGUGUCCGCAGUCUCUGGUCAUCUCCUGCACUGUGUCCGCAGUCUCUGGUCAUCUCCUGCACUGUGUCCGCAGUCUCUGGUCAUCUCCUGCACUGUGUCCGUAGUCUCUGGUCAUCCCCUGUACUGUGUCCGCAGU